AUGCUAGAUCGUAUCGGACAGAUCCGACCCGACAUUCCCAUAUCCAUCAUCUACGGGUCCCGAUCCAGCAUCGACAGUGACUCGGGAUACACUCUCCAGAAAACCAGACCGGAUGUGGACAUCAUCGUGAGUUGAUGAUCCAUGUAGCAAGUUUUCUAAAUGUGUUAUGAAAUGGAUCGGUCAUUCAUGCACAGCGCGUACAGUCCCUCUCUGUCUCUCGCUUCCCUAGUUCGUUUUCUCUCUCUCUCUCUCUCUCGCUCUCAAUUCAAAGGGCUUUAUGGCAUGGGAAACAUACAGUAUGUUUAACAGUAAACAUUACACUCACAAAUGUUAAAAGAAUAUCGACAUUUCAAAUGUUAUAUUACUGGCUAUUUACAGUGUUGUAGCAAUGAGAAAAUAGUUGAAGUAUGAAAGGGAAAAUAAAUAAACAAAUAAAUAUAGGUUGUAUUUACAAUGGCGUUUGUUCUUCACUGGUUGCCCAUUUCUUGUGGCAACAGGUCACAAAUCAAACUUUUUUUGGAACACCAUUAUUGUUGUCUUACUGAGAUUAACUGUCAGGGCCCAAGUUUGACAGAAUCUGUGCAGAAGAUCUAGGUGCUGCUGUAGGCCCUCCUUGGUUGGGGACAGAAGCACCAGAUCAUCUGCAAACAGUAAACAUUUGACUUCAGAUUCUAGUAGGGUGAGGCCGGGUGCUGCAGACUGUUCUAAAGCCUGUGCCAAUUCAUUGAUAUACAGUGCAUUCGGAAAGUGUUCAGACCCUUGCCCUUUUUCCACAUUUUGUUAUGUAACAGCCUUAUUUUAAAAUUGAUUAAAUAAAUAAAAAUCGUCAUCAAUCUACACACAAUACCUCAUAAUUUUUGCAGCAUUGAAGGUCCCUAAGAACACAGUGGCCUCCAUCAUUCUUACAUGGAAGAAGUUUAGAACCACCAAGACUCUUCCUAGAGCUGGCCGCCCGGCCAAACUGAGCAAUCAGGGGAGAAGGGCCUUGGUCAGGGAUGUGACCAAGAACCCGAUGGUCACUCUGACAGAGCGCCAGAGUUCCUCUGUGGAGAUGGGAGAACCUUACAGAAGGACAACCAUCUCUGCAGCAUUCCACCAAUCAGGCCUUUAUGGUAGAGUGGCCAGACGGAAGCCACUCCUCAGUAAAAGGCACAUGAAAGCCCGCUUGGAGUUUGCCAAAAGGCACCUGAAGGACUCUCAGACCAUGAGAAACAAGAUUCUCUGGUCUGAUGAAACCAAGAUUGAACUCUUUAGCCUGAAUGCCAAGCGUCACAGCUGGAGGAAACCUGGCACCAUCCCUACCGGGAAGCAUGGUGGUGGCAGCAUCAUGCUGUGGGGAUGUUUUUCAGCGGCAGGGACUGGGAGACUAGUCAGGAUCGAGGGAAAGAUUAACAGAGCAAAGUACAGAGAGAUCCUUGAUGACAACCUGCUCCAGAGUGCUCAGGACCUCACACUGGGGUGAAGGUUCAUCUUCCAACAGGACAACGACCCUAAGCACACAGCCAAGACAAUGCAGGAGUGACUUCGGGACAAGUCUCUGAAUGUCCUUGAGUGGCCCAGUCAGAGCCCGGACUUGAACCCGAUCGAACAUCUCUGGAGAGACCUGAAAAUAGCUGUGCAGCGACGCUCCCCAUCCAACCUGACAGAGCUUGAGAGGAUCUGCCAAGAAGAAUGGGAGAAACUCCCAAAAUACAGGUGUGCCAAGCUUGUAGCGUCAUACCUAAGAAGACUCAAGGAUGUAAUCGCUGCCAAAGGUGCUUCAACAAAGUACUGAGUAAAGGGUCUGAAUACUUAUGUAAAUGUGAUAUUUCAGUUUUUAAUAAAUUAGCAAACAUUUAUAAAAACCUGUUUUUGCUUUGUAAUUAUGGGUUAUUAUGUGUAGAUUGAUGGGGAAAAAAACAUUUUCAUCAAUUUUAGAAUAAGGCUGUAACGUAACAAAAUGUGGAAAUAGUCAAGGGGUCUGAAUACUUUCCGAAAGCACUGUAUAUGUUGAAGAGGGUGGCGCUUAAGCUUAAUCCGUCUCACCCCACAGCCCUCUGUUUGUUUUUUUGCCAAUUUUAACCACACAAAUGUAGAAGUCUGCUGUUAAUGAUAAUGCAGAGGAUUUUCCCCAAGGUUGCUGUUGACGCAUAUCCCACAGUAGGUAUAGGGGUUGAAUUUGUCUCCACUUCUGUGGAUUGGGGUGAUCAGUCCUUGGUUCCAAGUAUUGGGGGAGGUUCCAGAGCUGAGGAUGAUGUUAAAGAGUUUAAGGAUAGCCAGUUGGAAUUUGUGGGCUGUAUAUUUUAUCAUUUAAUUUAGGUUACCAUCAACACCACAGGCCUUUUUGGGUUGGAGGGUUUAUAUUUUGUCCUGUAGUUCAUUCAAUGUAGUUGAAGAAUCCAUUGGGUUCUAGUAGUCUUUAAUAGCUGAUUCUAAGAUUUUAUAUUGAUCAUGUAUAUGUUUUUGUUGUUUGUUAUAGAGCCAAACAGAUUGGAGAAGUGGUUUAUCCAUACAUCUCCGUUUUGGAUAGAUUACUUUCAUGUUGUUUGUUUAGUGUGUUCCAGAUUUCCCAGAAGUGGUUAGAUUCUAUGGGUUCUUCAAUUGCAUUGAGCUGAUUUCAGGCGUGCUGUUCUUUCUUUUUCCUUAGUGUAUUUCUGUUAAGUUUUAGUGUUUCACCAUAGUAAAGGUGGAUUUCUGGGUCUCUCUGUGUUUUUGGUUGGAUAGGUUCCUUUCUUAGGUUUUUGCAUUCUUCAUCAAAACAUUUGUCAUCUUCUUAGGUUGUCUGGUUGAAAUGUUUUGAUUUUAUAGGGAAGCUGAGAGGUCAAAUAUACUGUUUAGGUAUUGAAUUUGUUGUUGGUUAAUUGUUUUCUGGUAGGUUUCCACACUACUUUCCUUCCAUCUAUAGCAAUUUCUUAAUAGUAUGCAGUCUGUUCGGCUUUGAUGCCUCAUGAUUACACAUUACACUCACAAAUGUUUCAAAGGAAUAGAGACAUUUCAAAUGUUAUAUUAUGGCUAUGUACUGUGUUGUAACAAUGUGCAAAUAGUUAAAGUACAAAAGGGAAAAUACAUAUUUUUUUCUCUCUCUCUCUCUCUCCAGGUGAUAAGGGGAGGAGGUCACUAUGUGUUUGCUGACCAGCCAGAUGACUUCAAUCAGAACGUUUUUCACAUCCUAGCCAGGAUGGAGGGAGGGAAGGAUGAGAGGAGGGAGAGGAGAAGGGAGAGGGAGGAGGGGAGAGGAGAAGGAUGA